CUCUUACCUCAUCCUAAGAGUGUCACCAUGGGUAAAAAUAAGCAGGCACAACGUACCAAGAAUAAUGCCCGACCAUCAAAUAGUAGCCGUAGUGCAGAACUUUUGGGAACCGCAAUGCCUAAUUUUGUUGGAUUCUCGGCAGUUAAGGACGGAGGAUAUGUUCCUGUUCUGCCUGGAUUAUCCUUAUGUUCCCUAAACGAGAUUGAGAUGAACAAUAUAGAUUCUAAUUUUCAAGUUAUAUUAAAAAAGAUGAGCAAGAAAGAUGCUACGACAAAAUUUAAGGCAUUACAAGAAUUUGCAACUCUAUGUCAAGAUGCAGAAUUCUCAGCGGUAGAAGGUACGUUACCGUUUUGGCCAAGAUUUUAUUGUGCUCUGUCUAUUGAUAUAGAUCACAGAGUGAGAGAAGCUGCACAGUUGGCACAUGCAGCUCUUGUCAAGCGUGUAGGCAAAGGUAUUGCAAUGUAUUUGAAACAAUUGGCUGGUGCUUGGUUUACCUCUCAAUAUGACACAUAUCCUCCGGCGGCAUCAGCUGCUACCAACUCUUUUAACAGCACAUUUCCACCUUGGAAAAUAGUUAAUGCGAUUAUUCAUUGCCAGUGCGAAAUUUUAUUAUACAUUAGCAACAAUGUAAUUGUGCACACGGCUCAAACGUUAUCGACGCAGAAGUCUCUUACUAAUGAAGAAAUGGAAGCUAAAUAUGAAAGAGUACUGGUAGCAAAUCUCCAAGGAUAUAAUUGUUACUUCAAGAAAGUACCGCUUGAUGAAAUCGAUAAAACCUUGGAGAUUCACAAUAAAAUUUUAAGUAGUUCAAGAUUUUGGAAACUGGCUAAACACGAUGCUUUGCCAAUAAAAACAGCUUUUUUCAAUGUAUUGACAUCGAUAAUGGAAAACGUGGGAAAAUUAUUAGAAAAUGAAAAGAAAAGGACAGUGACCACUAUCAUGAAUAGUCUUGAUGAAUCUGAACCUGUAAUUUUAUCAGUUGUAUGGGAAUCAAUGCUCAUAGCUACAACGAAAAUUGAUGAUUGGCAUCUUGUAGUAAAUAUUAAUAAACUCGUACUCCCAAAAUUAUGGCACACUUUACGAUCCGGUGGCCAGUGUUGUGCUAGCACUGUUUACCCAAAUCUGCUACCCUUUGUCAGUCAAUUUCCAAAGUUUAAUAUUGAUCUCACUAAUCUGUAUACGAAUUUCUUUAACAAUAUGCGUCAAGGAUUUUCUGUCAAAAGUGUGCAAAUGAGCCGUUCAGAAACGCUUGCUGUAACAACAUCUUUCAUUGAAUGUUUGCGUUAUUCGAUCCUCAUAAACGCCGAAAAUGUAGAUUUAUGCGUUCGGCUCCUUAAGGAACAGCUUAUGCCUGUUAUAGAAGCUUGCAUGACGGAUAGUAUUUUUAUGAAACAAUAUUGUUUUAUCGAGAUUACGCAUCUAAUAAGAUAUUGGAGUAAAAAUCGUAAUAAUGAGAAAUAUAAAUCAUACAUUUCUUUAAUGAAACAGUUCUGGAUUGAAUUGCCAUUAUUGUUCGAAAGAUAUAUGAAUAUGUCAAAGGGGAUCGCAUAUACAGAUGGAAAAGAUUUUCAUAUCGAAUUCUUGUUAAAUUUGAAAGAUGUACCAGAUCGCACUCGUAAGAAGUUAAAAGUAAAAUUUUCCGAUCCAAGUGAUUCAGUUACUGUGAGCGAACCAAAGAUAAAAGUUGUCGAUGUUUAUGCGGAUACUGUUUUUAAUGCGGAACUUUGCAAGUUUGUAAAUGGACUUUGUACAAUUUACUUUAAUUCGAUAAACGUAUCAAUAAAUAAUCAUCAAAACAUAGAAUAUAUCGAACAGCUGAAUAAACUUAUAAAACAUUUUGCAAGUAAGGAAUUAUUCAUUGCAUUUUCAAAAUCAUUUAAAUUUGAUGAGAACUUCUUUGAGUUUUACGAUAAGAGCUUGAAACCUUUAUUGAUGCAAAAAUCAAAAAUGGCUGAACAAGUUCUUGAACUAUUAUUCUAUUUUAUUACAUAUAUAAAUGACGCAGAAAAGAAUACAGUUCUAAAAUCAUUAAUCGAAUUAAAUGAUAUUGCAAUAAUAAGAAAUGUCGUAUAUUGCUGUUUAUCUGAACAUAACAGAAAUGAUAGCGUAAUUAAAAAAUGGUAUACACAAGCUAAUAUACCUAAACUAUUAGUUGAUAUGACCAAAGAAAUUGCUUCAUGCAGUGAUGAACAGUAUGAUUUCGAAAAAAAUCAAAAUUUGAUUUUAUCAGCUUUUGAAAUUCCGGAAAUUAGAGAUUUAUUAAUAAAUAAUGAAGGGACAAGUGAAAUUGUAUCGAUUCUAUGUGAUUCAUUAAAUGGAAGAGAUGAUACUUGUUCCAUGCAAUUUGUUGCAUUUAUUACGAAAUUGAUGACUUUAAUGUGGAAACAUAAUCGAGCGAUAUUAAGUGCUGUACAAAUAUUGGAAACACUUUUUGAAUUAUGCACUCGAGAACAUGAUGCUUUAACUGCUGAUACUAUACGUAAUUGUUGGAAAGAAGGAUUCGUAGAAAGUAGUCAAAUAUUGUCUAUUUUUGAAUUUAAUAAUCUUAUUAAAAGAUACGGUAUUAUUAUCUGGAGUAAAAUAUAUAAUAUACAUGCAAAUCCUACUAAGAGUACAUUAGUUAAUUUGGCAACGGAUGUUUUAGAAGUUAUAAUUAAUAAUAUUGACAUAACAAAAUUUGAUUGCGUUGAAGAAACUAUUCUGUCAUUCCUAACGGCAUCUGACAUAAAGUUGUGGAUUGAAGAGAUAACCGUUAUUGCAAUAUAUGGUGAAAUGUUAACAGGCUAUUUAUAUAUGUCAAAUGUUGAGAAGAAAAUACAAAUUUUACAGCAACCUACAUCUAUCAAUAUAAUAAACGAUAUCUCUUCGGAUAAUACAAUAAGUUGCUUAUCAUGGGCUUUAUUUAUCACAGAUUUGCUUAAUAAUCUGUAUGAGAGACUAAAAGACAUUGAUUCAGAAAAUGCUAUAGUUUCAGAAGAAGAAAAUUUUGAAUUAAACGAUUUAAAUUUACCAGGAAUCACGGAAAUAUUAAUAGAUAUUAUAUACGUAGUUAGCAUAGUAAACAUAUACAGUAAACAUUAUAAAUCCACUAAAUAUUAUAAUGAUGUUAAAAAACUUCGUAAUUUAUUAAAAAAAAGUUUUGUUAAUUUGCAUAAAUAUUUUACAAAGAAUAUCCAUGAUGAUAUAUUAUCACGUAUACAAACAAAUCAGAAAAGUUAUGGAUGUAUGCUACCAUAUAUAAUUUACACACAUUACAAUGAAUUUUUCUCGAAUGAUCAACUUGAGAAUAUCAUGAAAUAUUUUGAAAAUUACAGCAGUAAUGAAAUUGUAGGAGAAUAUGAUGAUGAAACAAAUAUUCAAAUAUUACAAAUCUUAAAUUGGCCACAAAAUGUUUCGCAAAUAUUAACACACGGCGAAAUAUAUUCAAUAAUUGCCACAAGAACUAUGAUAUCUGACAUUCCCAAAGAUCAACCUCCUUCACUAUAUGAUCCUAUUAUAGAUCAUAUAAUUACAUUACAUUUUAAUGAACUUUCUGCAGUUUUGGAUCAUGAUAUUUCUAUUAUUUCAUGGGAUAAAUUGUUUUUGCAGCUAGAAGUUAUAAGAUUGUUUGAGACAGUUGUCCAACAUAUUCCGCAGAAGUUGAAACAAGAAUAUUGGGAUGUUAUCUUGAUAUUUCUCACAAAGUGGCAACAGUUAUAUAACAACGCCAAACAUAAUUAUAGUGACAUUAAAAUAACAAUGUUGAUAAUAGCAUUUAGUCAAUUGUAUUAUGCAGUUGAAACUCUGAUGAACAAACAUAAAUUGAAGCCAAUACCAGAAUUACCUUCAACACUCUUGGAUGAAUGGAAAAAUGUAAUUGCUGGCAAUAUAUAUAAUGGCAUUAUUCAAACUUGGAUAUUUUAUGCAGAUUUAUGCAAUCAAAGUACGGAUAUUAUAAAAUCUAUUAUACCAUUGAAUUAUUUGGGAGAGGCAAUUUGUGCAUUUGACAGUAGCAUAUUAUUCAAAAAUUAUGAUGAACAAACCGAAACGAUUGAUUUCAACAAGAUGUUAAUGCUAUCUCUGAAAUUACUACAAUCUCCUGUUCCUAGCAUUCAAUUGGGUGCCUAUUACGCAUUGAAAUAUAUGGUACCGGAACUUGUACAACAUGAUAAAAUUCUUGUUGAAUCUGAUAACUUCGAGGCGAGCAAUCUCAAUAUUAAAAAAUUCGAAGAAGUACUAUCAAAUAUACAGACUAUUAUAAAUACAAUGCUUAUGGAAUUCAAAUUAUGUGAUACAGUUACCUGCACAAUCCAACCGUUUACAGAUUCUUACACAUAUACGUUAGGAUAUCUAUUAACAUGGGCAAUUGUAUUAGAUAUCUGCGAAAAGUCUCAUAGUAAUUUACGAUAUCAAUAUGCUGAAAUAUUGAAAAUUAAACUUUUCCCUUAUCUGUUGGAUAAUAUCUUCAAGUUAAUACCUAUGGAAGCGCUACAAGAUAAUAAAAAUAAAACUGUAAAACUGUUAGAACUAUUUACCACUGCUCCAGUUUUUUGUUUCAAAGAAAGUUGGACGGAAGAGAGAUUAGACCAUAUUGUAUGUUGGUUAUAUACAAAUUGUUUGCGGCUUCUACCAGUAUUAGUUAGACAAUGGCUAAGUACAGUUGAUAGCAGAGUCAGUGCAACAGUAGAUAAGAUUACAAGUCAUUAUGUUAGUCCUAUGUUAUGUGAAGAUGAGCUUCUUUAUAGCAGAUUACAAUUGGCUAAUGUUGAAAAUAUGCAGGUAAAAGUACAUUCAACAGCAAGGGAAGUAGUAGCUGUGUAUCAAAUGGAAGAUACAAAAUUAGAAUUAAGCAUAGUGCUACCACCAAACUAUCCUUUAGGUAGAGUGAAAGUAGAAUCUGGUCAACAGAUAGAUGGUAUGGCAAAAUGGAAAAAUUGUCAUAUGCAACUGUCUAAACUUCUCACACAUCAAAAUGGCUCUGUUUGGGACGGUCUUUUAAUGUGGAAACGUAAUUUGGACAAGAAAUUUGCCGGUGUCGAAGAGUGUUAUAUAUGCUUUAGCAUUUUCCAUAUCAGUACAUAUCAAGUACCAAAAUUGUCAUGUCAUACUUGUCGUAAGAAGUUUCAUACUCGCUGCUUGUACAAGUGGUUCAGUACAAGUCAAAAAUCUACCUGUCCAAUUUGCAGAAACGUAUUUUAAUCUGGUUUGAAAAGAUGUUGUUUUUUUUUUACAUAGAAACAAAUUAUCCAUGGUACAAAAUGAAGUUAAAACAUUACAGUGAAUGAAAAGGAGAAAUUACGCAAAAUAA